AGCCCUCUCUUCCAAAAUCCAUCCGUGAUCAACACACUUGCAACAAGAUUGCCUCGACCAAUCCUUGAUGUUGCUACGGUCUUGGUGCGAUACAAAUUGAUAUGGGAUUGCAUCUGGACGGACAUUUGUGUGUUAGUAUUUCUUGUUGGAUGUUUCAUCGUCGUUGGAUCGUUGUUUGCAGGAUAA